GUCUCUGAAGCGAAAUCAGACCACCCAAACAAACCCUAGAUCCACGACGCCUUGCUCUGACAGACCUGAUGGCGCUUCGCUCUGCCCUCAGGAAGAUGCCUGCCCUCGGUAGGUCGCUCGGGAUGGCCCCCCGUACGGGCCUCGUGCACGCGCUCUCGCUCUCGCUCUCGCCGCCGGCGUGUUCUCGCCUGAUGUCCCAUGUCCCACAGCCACAGGAAGAAGAGCUGUUUUAUUCUGAUGAAGCGCGCGCCAAACGGCGCGAGGAAUUCAAUCGCACUGAAGCAAGUUUUGAGCAGAGCAUGAAGGAUAUACAGAAAGAUUUGGAUUUUUUGAAAGAACUUCACAGUCGUGAAUGGCCUGAUCCUGAAGAAAAUUUCCGCAAGGAGCUUCGCAAAUUUGAGAAGAAAUGUGAUAUUGCUCUUCUUGUACUCGUGCCUACAACUGCUGUGCUCUUUAUGAGUAUACCAUAUUACCUUUAGCGGGUUAUAAGAAACACACUAUCUUAGUUUUAGCUAUCCUGGUUGUAGUGAUCGAGGCUUUAGGCAUUAUUAAGUACGUAGCUAUGUAUUAUCCUGGUUUGACUCGUGUAAUCUGAAUGCACCUACUUACACUAAACAGUGGAUGCUACUCGUCGAAUUCCCAUGGCUGUAUACUCGUUC